AUGAACGCUGCGGAGCGGGAUCUCUACGAGUCGUUGGCUGAAAUCUACGGCAUCAUCGUCACUCUGGAUGGCCUGGAGAAAGCUUAUAUCAAAGAUGUGGUUACGGAAGCAGAGUACACGGAGACAUGUACCCGGCUCUUGAAGCAGUACAAGUCCAGUUUGGGUGAUGAGACUGUUGCAAAUGAGUUCGUCGAUCUAGAGACCUUCAAACGCACCUGGGAGCUGGAAUGCCCUCGCGCCACCGAACGUCUCCGCAUUGGCCUCCCCGCGACAGUCGAACAAGCCUCCCACAGCACACCCGCCGCGAACAUGGCUCCAGCAGCUGCAGGCCCUGCAGGAGCAUCUGGUAGUCUGAUAUUGACGGCUACUGAGAAUUUCAUCACCUUCUUGGAUGCGCUGAAGCUGAACAUGGUGUCCAAGGACGCACUGCACCCGCUUUUGUCGGAAGUGAUCCAAUCCGUCAAUAAAGUCACCGAUGUCGAUUUCGAGAACCGGGGCAAGAUCAUCCAAUGGCUGAUCACCUUGAAUCAGAUGCGUGCAACCGAGGAACUCGGUGAAGACCAGGCUCGGGAGUUGGCGUUCGACAUUGAACAAGCAUACCUGGGAUUCAAGGCCACUUUGGGUUGA